UUUUCAUCAUGGCGGCCAAUAUGGCGAGAAGAACUAGUCAGUGUAUUUUCCGCUCCUCGAGAAAGAUGUUCUCAUUUCCUAUGCGUCCUAGAAAUACAGAUCAAUUACGGAUGAGUAGUAUCAAUACUGAAGGUAGGUCUUCUAGUCAUUCGCGUAAACUUUUUAUUUUUACGAUCCCUCACGCUAGGUAAGGCAGCUGGGACCGUGCAGCAACGCCUGCAUUCAGAUCUAGAAACAUGGGCUGGGCUACGAACUGAUUUAGUUUUAGUUACACUUAAGAAGCAAUUCCUCCAUUGUACACUUGUUUACAUAAUGGAGGGGGGGGGGAAGGGGGGGAGUCAUACAUGUAGAAUUCACAUUAUCUUUUCACUCCUAAGAUCUCAGUGGUAAUUCUUCUUUCUGUCUGCUAUACUAGUCUUAAAAUGUUAGUGUGGAGAAUUUGGUAGUAGGUCAACAGAUAAUCCUCUUAUUGGCAUUUUUCUUAAUUUCUCAUCACCUGUCUGCUUGAUUCUUAAUUUCUUAUCACCUGUCUGCUUGAUAUUGUAAAGAGAAAUUUGGUCUUGGUCGCUUAUGUAAAGUAUGAAAUGUUAAAAUUAAAAACAUGUUUAAAGACAUAUCUGUAUUUCCUUUGAUUUCAUCUCAGCUUUUGGAGCCCAGGAUAUUGUUGAUCAGCCUAAAAAAAGGAAACAAGUCAGGAGGAUGCAAUCUGUUAUAUGCAAGAAAAAUAGGCAUGAUCCUGCAAUGGAAAGAGCAGCCAGAGAAGGAUCUUGUAAGUCAUGUCACAAAGUUUUUGUAUAAUUAUGUAAGGCUGGAAAUAAGUGUUUAUGAUACUUGAAUAUUAGUAUAUGUGAAGAGUUGUGGACAAAGCAGUUGCCGCAAUUUAUUCAAUUAUUUAUUUAAUUCUUAUGCCGAUAAUUUCCUUAAUUUUCACAUUGAAGCCUCCUCUUGGAUAUUUCACCUACAUGUAAUUGCUUGGUUUAUAUGAUGAAGCUUAUUUUUAAUCCACGACUUUACUUUUAACAGUACUUGUUCCACUGGAAGCUGUUCAAAAGGAGUGGAAAUCAAAGAAUGAAUUUUCUACAACAACAAAGCUAGCCAGGCAUUAUGGCAUUUUUAAGCAUAUUUUCAAUGGAGAAGAGUUCACAGCAACAACUAGGAUGUCAGUAACAUUUGGAGAAACAGAUCAUGUGAUUCAUGGAAAUUUUUUGACACCAUCUCAGGUACAUCAAAUUAAAUGUCUUAGCUAAUGUAUUGCUACUGUAAGUGAAGUGUAUUAGAGUUCCCAGAUAUGAUUAUGUCAACUGAUGGAUUCUGGAACCAGUGAAAUAAUCUCAAAGAUCAUGGUGCUGUGGGUCAAGAAAGCUGAUGAUGAAGUUGCUUUCAAGUUAAUUUUUUUUCUUCUGUUAUGUGUUGAGCAGUGCAGAGUUGUAUGCCUCACAGGAAUAGUAAAUCAAUUUUAAAACAAGUUAUUCAAUUAUGUGAUAACUUCUGUUCAAAUAUUUGCCUGUAUGCCUUUACAACGCACAUUGUAAGAGGAUCAGUCCAAUGGACCAAUUGAUGCAACAGUGAGUUUGUGUCUGAUACUUGAAAAUAAAGGGUGUUUAUACGGUCAUUGUAUUUGUAUCGUUCUUGUAAACAGUACUUUAUAUUGAUCUAUUCUUCAUGGAUUGAUUUUGAAUUACUGGUAAUCUCUGUAGGCUACUAUUCAACCAACUGUCAGUUACACCUGUGAAGACGACAGCCUCUGGACAGUGAUAUUCACCAAUCCUGGUAAAAGACAUAUUAAGUGUUGGAGUAUAAGCCCCUGUGCUUAGAGUUACCACACCUGAGAAAAAGGGUUUUGAAAACCAUAUUGAAUUUCCUAAACACCUAAGGCCUUUCAGAAAUAUGAACUCCUAUUUGUACUGAGUUGUAAAAUAAAUUCUUUUCUCCAUGUUACAUAGAACUAAAGUCAGACAUUCUUUUAAAAUGUAACUGGAAAAAUGCUCUUUAUUUUUAAUUUUUUUCUUUUUCAUUUCUGAUCUGCUCUAACCCUUUGAGCCCUAAGAGUGACCAGCAUCCUAUUUCUCUUUACAGUAUCACCCCUGAAUCAAACAUUUAGGUCAUGAGAAUAAUGGAAAUGAUUAACAGCUACAGGUGCUCUUGAUUGUUAAACAAAUUCUCCUUGUUAGAACCUUGUACACUGUAUAGGGAACAGUAUGGAGAAUAUCCAUACUGAUAUUAGGAUGUUAAGGGUUCAUUUGUAACUUUCAAAUUUGUGCGAAUUGGCAGUAGACAUGAUAAAAUGCAAAUUCUGUUAAAAAUUUUGUAUAGGUAACAACAUGAUUUUGAGUGCAAUUUGGUAAAUUUUUCUAAGACAACAAAAUUGCAUGAGCCUGUAGAGCGAGUGCUAUUUGCAGUCUGAAAAAUUUACAAGUGCUAAUUUACAUGGCAUUGUAAGUGAAAUCAUGUUGUUACUUGUUAAUAAUUUACAUGAAAAAUGCAUCACAAAUAGUCAAGAGGGACAAAAUUUGGUAAUGCAUACUAUUUAUAAUUUGCACUCAUGUUGCAGCUUUUCACUCAUGUUACAUGCAAUUUCAGCCAAUUAGAUGUGCAUGAUUUUUUCAUGUAUAAUAUUAAUUUAGUUAUUGCAUAUUAAAGUUUUUGCCAUAAUUAAUUUUAUAGAUGGUAACUUGAUAGAGAGAGAGACAGAAUUUUUACAUUGGAUGGUGUAAGUAUUUUAUCUAUUCAUUUGUCUUUUUAUUGAUUAAUCAAUAAUUUAUUAUUUAUUAUCAUUUUGUUGACCAUUUUCUUUGAAUUCCUUUUCUAGUUCAGAUUGAUCAUUUAUGUCUGAAAGGAAAUUCUCCCCUACCCUUAGCUAGUGUUUUCAUAAGGCAUACAGCAAAGAUUGUUUUGAAAUGCAAGUAAAAUUAAUACACAGAUGUCUUACUGCAGUUACCUAACCUUACUUCCACUACCUCCUUUAUUUAGUGAUUUUCCUUACUCUCUGAUUUUAGUUUAAAGAAUUUGGUAUUGGAUUAACUGAUAAUCUCCUAAUUGAUAUUUUUCUUCGUUCUCAUCUCAUCACUUGUCUGCUUGAUUUUUUAUUAAGCCUUUACCUCUCAUGAGUGACCAAGACAGAAUUUCUCCUUAAUGUAUCAAUACAAUAUCUACCAAAUAAGUGAUGAGAAUAAAGGAAAAUAACAAUUUGGGGAUAAUUAGUUGAUCCAAUACUAAAUUCUCUGAACUAACAUUAUGAGAAUUGUAAGUUUAACAGUAAGGAGAAUGGCAAAUUUGAUCUGAGAGUUAAAGGGUUAAUAUUCAUUGUAAGAACAAAUUCUGUGUUAGUUGCUCAUGGGAGUCAAAGUGUUAGUAGGGAAAGCAUUUUUUUUAAAGACCAAAAUGUAUUUGCUUCAUCAGUGAUGCAAAAUGUUGAAGACUGUAGUAGAAAACUAAAUAUGGCAUAACAUGUAUGGAGAUUUUCAUCUUUCUUUUAUUGCAGUGUCACCUGAUGCAUUUUGUUUUGUUUUCAGAGGAAAUAUUCCUGGCUCAAGAAUAAACGAUGGUGAUGUUCUUUGUGAUUAUCUUCCACCAGUGCCAGCCCAUGGGACAGGCUUUCAUAGAUUUGUUUUCUCUCUGCUCAAACAAACUGGCAAAUUGGAUUUAAGAAGUCAUGUCUGUAUAGAUGGAAGGUAUGACUAACCCAGUUUAGUCAGGUUGUUGAAAAAACAUAACAGGAAAUGGUGACAUGAAGCUUCUCCUUGGGAGUCAUGUUUCAGAAGCCCCAUUGUAACUUUUGACCUUUGAUAGUUAGAAUGCAUCAUUGAAUUUUUUUUUUGGUUGGUCGGUAAAAUUUACUCAUACAUGUGCAUCUAGACCAAUUGUAAAGAUAGAUUUGAAUAGGCAGUGAUCGUUUCUUUAAAGUUGUGGAUGCCUUCUGAAAAGGUUAGCAGAGGUACCACUCUUAAUCCUUGACUAUAAGGCUUAAGAGUGGUACAAGGUUUAACCCUCUGACCCCUAAGAGUGACUAACAUCAAUAUCUGUAAUUUCUCAUUGCACUAUCACCCCUGAAUCACACAUCAAAGUGGUGAGAAAAAAGGAAAUGAUCACUAAGCAAAGAAGCUCUUGAUUGGUAAACAAAUUCCCCUUGUCAGCACCUUAAGAAAUGUACAGAGAACAGUAUGGAGAAUACCUAUACUGAUGUUGGGGUGUAAAGAAUUAACAGUGUAUGGUUCACUCUACAAAGAUUGACAUGGGUGGAAAACCAGCCCUUUACGUAAAACCCCUUUUCCAGGGCCCUUGCUCUUGAGACUGAUUACUCUGUAAUUAAUUUGUUAAAUACUUUGUAGUCUUUUCUGUCAACACUUUCUGUCAUCCAGCUUUUCAGUAUGGAUUUAAAAAUUUGGAAAAGUUUCCAACACAAGAUCAGAAUGCAAAAUCUGCAGCUUUUUCUCUAAUUCAUUUGUAUAUCAGAGUUAAUGAACAAGUGUGAUACACUAUUUUCAAAUGUCAUUAAGUAUUGUAUAUUCUAAAAGUAUGAUUUUCAAUUUUCAACAGAGAUAUAUCCAGUCGCACAUUUUCUACAGCAAAGUUUAUAUCUGAUCAUAAGAACAACUUGACUCCAGCUGGACUGUGUUUCUUCCAAGCUACCUGGGAUGAGAGUGUUACUCAAACAUAUAUGGAAAAGUUAGGUAUGGUGUCUUUGUAGUAUUUAUUGAAUGUAGAAUUUACUCAGUAUACAAGGUGUGCAUGUUGACAGACUUGAGUCAAGUUGACCUAAAAGGAUAUCAACUCUUAUCAGCCAUCAAAUAUUUUAGCUUGUGCACGAUUUGUCUAAAGGCAUGAUUUGACAGAACAUUCUCCUCUAAAACUGGGUGAUAUUUGGGGAUAUCACCCAAGUGAUAUUCCCCAAUUUUCAAACCUUACAUCCACUAUGACAAAUCUUCAUUUACGAUUUAAUUUAACCCUUUAACUCCCAAGAUCUCAAUAGUAACUUUCCUUACUGUCUGCCAUAAAGUUCUUGUGAUGUUAGUUUAGAGAUUUGGUAUUGGAUCAACUUAUAAUCUCCUAAUUGAUAUUUUUCUUUAUUCUCAUCACUGUAACCAGUCUUUUAAAUAAAAACUUUGAAUGUCUUAGCAGUCAGCAGACCUUUUACAUUUGAGAGUGAUAAUUAUUAUUAUGCUAGUGUGCCCAUGUAGUCUCCAUCUGUAAGGGUGUUUAACAUGUCUAUGCAUUAUAGAGUGUCAAGAUAGCAGAGCUAAGUGGAAGCCUAGUUUAUGCAGACCUUGACUUUGUGUAGUUCUAUAAAAACCCCAAAACAAGGUUGCUUUCAAACCAUCAUCACUCAAAAAUCAAUCAAGGAUCCAAUUAAAUAAGUGGUAACAAACCCUACUGUUUGUUUGUUUGUUUUUGUGCUUUUUUGUUUUGAGCAAAGAUACCUGUCACCCAAAUGAACAAAGAUAGCAAUCCCAAUAUGUAUAAUGUAUGACUUGAGUGGCUUCUCUUGCCUGCUUAAGAAGCCAGUCAUCUUCAUGUAUGCCACUUGUAGAGCCAUGAGUGGGUAGCCUGUAAGCAGGUUCUCAUUCUUAUCACUGGAAGUUGUGAAUUUGGGGAGAGGUUUGCAGGGGUGUGGCACCAUGUAAGACCCUUUAAAGACCUCUCAUUGGCUCACAUUGCCCAAGGCCAAUGAUAAUGUGUUAAAAAUGAGGGCCAGCUUGAAAGUCUUAAAUAGGGUGUAAAUUGGUGUCUGUGUCUCAGACUGACUGUUAUUUGGGUGUCGUAUAUGAAUCUCCUAAGAUUCCAGCUGAACUCAGAGGUGUACAUGAAUAAACACAAAUCCUGAGUAUAAGAGAAAAUCUUAUAUCUGGUGUAUAAUUUUGUUUUUGAUGUACUGUUUUUGUGCUCUCAUUCUUAUCAUAAUUAUUGUCAUAAUUAUUUUGAUGAUUAUUGCUAUUGAUCCAGGGAUCAAAUCCAUUUUUCAGGUAUAACAGAACCUGUGUUUAAGCCUAAAGAAUUCUUAACACCUGAACAAAUCAGGAAAAUUGUUAUCAGAGAAGUGUCUGAGAAGAAAUACAGGAAUAUGUGA